AGGAGGGGAGACGCUUUCCACCGUCAGCGCCUGCCGGAGCAGAGCAGGGGAGCCCUGGCAACAAGGAGAGACACAAACUCAGCAGCCCGUUACACCCAACAGGAAUGGUGACACCACCUGUAGACAUACGGACGUGGACAGACGGCGCAGACACCUGGAACACUUCCCUCCCACUAGUGGAGAGAUCCAGACAUCACACCGGGAACAGCAGCUCCAGGUGGUUAACAGCUCUCAACUGAACAGCAGGCUCCACCCACUCUGCCUCUAUUAGCUCCGCCUCCCCUGCUCAGGUAGGACUCAGGGAGUGCUGAGUCUCUGAUUCCCUGCACUGCAUUCUGGGAAAGUCUGGAACCUUCUCCAUGGGCUGUACCACCUGCUGACAAACCAGGGGGAUCUGGAGGAGCUGUGUUGAAUGAGGAUUGUGCUGGGUGUCGGCAGGCUUGCUUCCUCAGGGAAAUGAUUCCACAUGAAGUGCGACGCACUCGGCCCCCUGUCGUCCUCGGCGGCAGCUGCAGGUGUGACGUCGUGACUCUCCCCCCUACCACACUGAGCUCACCCUUCAGCCGCUAAAGACCCCUGGACCAAACAGACGGCCCUACCCCCUCCCCCUCUAACCUGCUCCCCCUUCCAUAUCUUCAUCUCCAUCUUUAAUCCUCCCUCACCUGCUUGUUAGGUCCAGGAUUUUCUUGGAAAUCCUAAAGACCUAUUUUAAAGACCUUGGCUGUACUGGAUAGAAAGUGAAAGAAAGAAAAGAUUGGGAAAGUUAAUUCAUAGCAAAUUAAAGAUAGAUACGAGGCAGAUCAUCAAAAGUGAGAAAAAGAGACAGGAAAGUGAAAUAGAAAGCUGAAGGAAGGGAAUAAAAACAGAAAAGGCUGUAGAAGUCCAAAAGUUAAGGAAAGAUAAGGAAAGUACGGUUGAGGGACGUGAGGCGAAGUCAGCAUGAAGUCCAACCAGGAACGCAGUAAUGAAUGUUUGCCCCCAAAGAAGAGGGAGAUCCCCUCAAGCACGUUAGCAUCAGAAAACCGCUCACCCACGAUGCCACCUGCUAGUGACAGCCAGCGCUCAGAGAACUUGGCGUGGCUCGCUAGUGUGGCUGGUGGGAAUGAAAGUGGGGUGGGUGGGCACAGUAGCUCCAGUCAGUCUGACAGACCCCAGUAUAAAUCCCUGUUCUCCUCAUCAGACUCUUCAUCCUCUUCUUCAUCACUGAGGGUGGUCUCAUCUCUUCCCACAGUGUACACAUCCCCCCUGUCGCAGUCCACAGUUGGAGGAACUGUCCAUUACACCCAACUGCCUCCCAAUCUGCAGUUCAUAGCCUCUCCCUACCCUGCCCCAUACACAGGCUACAUCUCCCCUCAACUACUUCCACCUCCUCCUCCACCUCCACCCCUUUCCUCUCCUUCUUCUUCCUCCUCCUCCUCUUUGGCGGGACAGAGAUGUUCAAACAUGGAGACAGUCUCUGCUCCAUCACAGGCCUCAAAACACGACCAGCAGAGAGCAUCCACAGGACGUACCUCUAUGCCUCCGCCUCCCACAGAUCCUGCUCCCUACCACGUUCAAAUGUCAACCUCCCCACGGACUGUGCCAUCGCCUCAUCACCAUGGAGCCGUUCACCUUCCUCCCCAUGCCGUGCAGGCCCACCAUUCUUUGGGACAUGGUUUGUCUCAGGUUAUGGUGCAGUAUAUGGACGGGCCAACCAGGAAAGAGGACAGUAGCUCCAGACCUAGAGAGCUCCACAACGGAGAGCUGGAAAGGGGCCGACGGUUUGGAGCAUCCCCUGAGUCCAGCCUCUCUAAACCAGGGAGCAAAUCAAGGGACUCCUCAUCUUCUUUGACCUCCUACGAGGCACGCCACAUGGUUUUACCAUCAGACUACUCUACUCAUGAUCCCUCAGGAUUGAGAACAUCUGUCAUGCUAAUGCCCAACAGCCAUGUAGACCACCAGCUGGUACCACAAAGAUCCAACAAUGAAAAACUUUCAACAUCUGCCCCCACACAUCUGGAGAAAGGUGGCAUUUUGCUGGGCAAACCUGUCAAUCGAACAUCAACAUCCUCUAACACCACCUCUUCUUUCACGUUUCCACCACCAUUGAGUGUCAACAGCCUAAAAGCUGCUGCUGUUAGCACUCUGUCACCCCAGACUGUUAUUCAGACCACCCAUAAUGCUACAGAGUCUCUAUCAAUGGGACUCCCCACCACAAGUAUCUACCCACAGCCACCCAUCAUAGGUUACAUCGCAGGGGGCAGUGGGGGCCAGCAUACACCAAUCAGCUACCACACCAGCCUACAACAACACUUACUCAUUCCUGGUGCCCAACCGGUUAUUAUCCCCGUUAGUGGGGGUGGAGUUACCACCUUGGAACAAGUAACCUCAUCCAGUCAAGCAACACCUUUUCCCACCACACUCCCGCACACGUACAUUGCUGCCACUGCCCCCAAAGGAGAACCUCCAGAAACUCCCAGUGGCUCGUAUCACCAGGCCACAUCAGGUGCAGUGGUCCAAGCCCAGCUACAUCUCCCGGUUGUUCCUGCUCCACCAGGGCUGGCCACAGCUUCCGCUCCUCCUCAAACAUCAAGUACGGUGGUGCCAUCAUCGCUACCGCCCUAUUUCAUCAAGGGUUCCAUCAUUCAGCUGGCCAAUGGGGAACUAAAGCGUGUGGAGGAUCUGAAGACUGAGGACUUCAUCCAGAGUGCAGAGAUCAGCACUGAGCUGAAGAUUGAUUCAUCCACCGUGGAGCGAAUCGAAGGGAGCCUCUCCUCACCUAACUUUGCUGUGGUUCAGUUUUCUGUUGGUGAGCACCGUGCACAGGUGAGUGUAGAGGUCUUAGUGGAGUACCCCUUCUUCGUCUUCGGCCAAGGCUGGUCUUCAUGCUGCCCUGACAGGACCACCCAGCUUCUGGAGCUGCCCUGCACCAAGCUCUCUGUGGGCGAUGUUUGUAUUUCACUCACGCUCAAGAACCUGAAGAACGGAUCUUUGAAGAAGACUCAGCCCCUGGAGCUGCCUCCCCCUGCCUCUGUCCCAGCCCCCAGCCACGGGCACCUCAAACCCCACCGAGCUGGAUCGGACACUCCCCAAAGCUGCAGUGGAGGAGGCUCCAGGCACAGCGAGAGGGAGAAUGGCAUCGGCCAGCAGGGGAAAGGUGGAAGUGGUAAUGGAAGAGGCAGGGGCACAAAUGUGGAAAACGGGGAUCUUAAUUCCGAAGCAGGCUCCAGUAAACCAUCAGGAGGCAGGAAGCGGAGAUGGUCCGCCCCAGAGGGUCGAAAAGUAGAAAAAUCAGAGGAAGAGCCUCCUUUGACCCUUCCCAAACCUUCCUUUAUCUCUCAAGAGGUGAAAGUCAGUAUUGAGGGAAGGUCAAAUAUUGGAAAGUGAAGGCCAGCAGGACUUAAAAACCAUUGGAACUUGGAAAUAAAACAUAAAAGGAUUCUACAAAAAAUGAAUGCCCACUUUACUGUCUCAGUUGUCUUGGUUUUAAGUUUUUUGUUUUUAUUUUUCUAUCUUGAAUACUGUACUGUAGAGGUAAAUCUACCCUACAUGGUGUCACCUUACAUUAAGUCCAUGUAGUUUAUAACACACUUUUUUAUAGAUGGGUUUAAUACGACACAAGCAACUAGUGCCGAUUUGGAGGUUUUCAGGAGACGAGAGAUUUGUGUUAAAUGUAUAGUGUUGGCUGUGUUGCACACAUGAGCAAUGCUUGAUGGCUCUUCUUGGCUGGCUACUCAUUCUUUAAAGCUACUGUGAGGAGUUAUAAGUAGGGUAUGAAACAUACUAAUCGUAUUGAUAUCUCAUUAUGACCCAAAGAAGCAAACUAGAUCAUAAUCAACAGAAUUUGUUAUUUUUUGCCUUCAAGUGCUCCUGAAGGGGACACAUUUAUUAAAAGCAUGCCUCAUAAGCAGCCUCAGACAUUGACCUUGAACGGUUACAAUUGAAAUAAAGCAAGGGACGAUUUUUGUUUUGAAAAUAAGAAAUAUGCAGCCUUACCACUUUGUCCAUCAGGGAUACCCAAAUUGACACUAACCAACAAUUCCUCACAGGAGCAUUAAAAUGCUAAUUUCAUUAAUGCACAGUUAGCUUUCAGCCCUGUCCAGACAAAAACACUUUCUCACAACUUCUUUUCUCACAGGAUUGAUGUGAUAUCAGCUUAGCCUGAGCAUGAAAGAUUUGUGGGCAAAUCAUGAAAAUGUUAAUUUUCUAAAUCAGAUUUGGGCCUUGACAAAAAAAAAAAAAACAAUUGCAGUAAACAAGUCAACUGUUGAUUAUAGUGUCAACAGAUGGUCAGCCCUUGGCAGUGAUGUCAUCAAGUGUUGCCUGUGUGCUGCACAUAGAGAGGGAACAACACUUACUCUGUUCAGCUUGAUCACAGUUUCAUUUUUGCGGUUCAUUUUUUCUUUAUCCUUCAUCUUCUAUCUCACCAGAUAGUUGUUUUUUGAUGAUUGUCGGGAAAAAAUUAAAUCAGGGGUCAUUUAGUUAAGAAUGAACCUAUAUGUGAGUCAAUGUUAAUGUAUAAAAUGUGAGAUACCCUAACCUAACUAUAACACAUACAAGUGCAAACACAAUGGGUUGGCUAACUUUAAUUUGAAAGGAAGAAUCCAUACAAUCCUUUUCAGAUUGCUUUAUACUUUUUAGCGAGAUUCAAAAAAGGCUGCAUGAGAGGAACCGAAGAGAUUUUGUGUCAGUUCUGCGAGGGUCAAGAUGUUUCAAAGCACUUAAAAGAAACCGGUCACUCACCAUACAGCAGAGAAAUAAGUUGUCUCUUUAUUUACGCAGUACUGUAUGUUUAUAGUUUUUAUUAUUAUUUGGACAAGGGUAGAAAGUAGCAACAGCACUUUGGAGGGUGAACUUUUAGAGAAGUGAAGGGGGUUGUGAGAAUGGAUGUGCCAUGGGAUUACAAAGAAAGAGAUGAUUUUGGUAGGUAAAAGUAGAUGGUUAGAGGAAAAAAUGGGGAUAAAAGGAAAAAGAGUCAACUGUUUUUGCAUUUCAGCUUAUAGGCUACAGCUAGCUAAAUGUACAAGCACAUUGAUCGUGGUAGAACAGUUGAUGGUAAGAGGAAAAAUGCCAAAAGCAGAAGAAUAAACUUUUUAAGCAUAUGUGCUUGUACUGCCAGCUUGGAGGAAAAAAUGCUAUACAAGUAAAAGGAAUUUGUUUUUAGCAUUUGCGCUUGUACAACUAGCUAGCUUUAGUGCAAGUUAGUUUCACAAACUAGUCCGGUGUACAAGCACUUUUGCUUAGAAGUAAGUUGUUGUGAGGGGAAAAAUACUAUAAAAGUCAAAGAAACUAACUUUACUCACAUAUUUGUGCUUAGCUAGAUUUAAUAGUGAAAGUUGGAUGUGAAACUAGCAAACUUUACAAGCAGAGCCGCCCCAAAAGAAAAGAUUAUAGUUAGCAGAAAAAAAAAUGCUGCAGAAGGAAAAGAUUUUUUUUUUCUCAAAAGCGCUUGCACAGCCUGCUAGCUUUACUAUUGCAAGUUUGCAGUGCAAACUAGCUCACUGUACAAACACUUUUACCUUGGUAGAAAGAAGUUGUAAUGAGAGAAAAAAGCACGAUAAAAGUAAAAGGAAAAUUUUUUAAGGGUUUGUGCUCGUACAGCUUGCUAUCGACACGCACUUUCACCUUGGUAGAGAAAAGUUGAUAAUUAGGGGAGGAAAAACACUAUAAAAGGAAAAGAAAUUAUUUGUUGAUAGUAUUUGUGCUUGUACAGCUUAGCUAGCUUUACUUUUGCAAGUUAGCUGUGCAAACAAGCCCACUGUACAAGAGCAUUUACCCUGGCAGAGGGAAGUUGAAGUGAGAGGAAAAAUGCUAUAAAAGUUUGAGGAAUUAGCUUUUUAAACGUGUGCUUGUACAGCUAGCUAGCUUUACAAAUGCAAAUUAUCUGUUAAACUAGCCAGCUGUACAAGCAUUUUCACCUUGGUAGAGAAAAGUUGAUAAUGCGGGGAGACAAAACAAUUUAAAAGGAAAAGGAAUUAAUUGUUUAUAACAUUUGUGCUUGUACAGCUAGCUAGCGGCACUAGUUCAGCUAUAAAAACUAGCAAGCUGUACAAACUUUUUUUUAAUCCAGAAAGGUGAAAGUAGUUGGUUAGAGGGAAAAUUGUGAUUUGCAGGAAAAGAUUAAGCUGUGUUUUAGGACGUGUGGCUGUACAGCUAGCUAUUCAUGCUAAUGUUGAAAUGUGUUUGGAAAGUUUGGGUUUAAACAAGGAAAAGGCUUUGAAAUAAUCCCAGUGAUGUUUGACUUAGACUGAGAGCACUGGUUUAGAGGCUCAUGCCACAGAAUUUUGAAGGGUGUCAUAUAUUUGUAAUGUUUGCGUGAGUGUGCCAGAGUGUGCGUGACGCUGAUCUGUGUCUGUUCUUACACACGCAUGCUAACACAAAGACAAACAGUACAAACAAUCCCUGAAACUCAAUGUGGUUAAAUGUGUACUGUAACUGUUGACACUAGUUGACUGAUGGAUAAAUGCUAACAGCCCAGCGUAUGUGUGUGUUAGUGUAUGAGUCUAUGUAUACUAUGUAUAGGAAAAGGAGAUACUCAUAUAAUGUUUAGACAGUGCUAAAUGUCCAGUGUUUCUACUUGGAGUUGUACUUAAGAGAAUCUUGCAAUUUGCACAUCAGGAGGAGUAAGAGAAAGGUGGAGACGUCAUUUUUGACGGCCCUGUCCUGAAACAAGCCCUUACACACUGGAGGAGAGCGGGGUUAUUUUGUCUACACAGGCACUCGUCAGACUGUAGAAGAGAUUUUUCUACAGCAACACAGAUGAGGUCAGACUGCCUGACUGUUUUUACUACCAUAACCAUGGAUAAAACAAGUAUUUUAACAUGUGCCUGUUUACUGAAUUUCCUGAUAUUAGUGGAACAUAAAUCAGUUUUGAUGCGUUAUUUUCCUGCCGUUGAAACCAAGGUGUAAGGACCAAGAUUCAGUUUUGAACACGGCCUGGGCUUUCAGCAAGUUAAAACUAUAUUUUCCAGGAUUAUUUUCUUGCAGAUGCCUCAGCAGAUAUGCCUGCUUGGCUGUCCUGGUAUUAGGGUUAGCAUAGCAAAGAUCUUUCACUUUUAACAUCUUCACAGGCUAUUCUUUUAUUAGCUUAUUAAGUUGCAAUGUGACAAUGCAUGAUCUUAUGCUUUUAAGAUUUUACUGCAGAGAAACAGUCUGAACUUCUCUCCAUCAUAGUUUAAAACCUGGUAGCAACUUCUUUGGAUGAGAAAUAAAACUAAUGCAUUGUGAAAAAGAAAAGGCCUUGAGUGGCUGCAGAAGCAGCAGAAGUUGUGCGCCAAGCCACAAUUAGUUGACUGCAAACUAAGUGAUUUUUGUUUUUCAGAGGGCGGUCAAUUUGAAUAGGACUUCCCUCUCACGAAUACUCCGUUUUAGCUGAAAAUUUUGUUGCAUGUUCUGUGCUCCCUUGAAAGUCAAAGCAUGCUGCUUGGCUGUCCCAGGGAGCAUCUUUUGAGCAGAGCCUUCCCCGUCAAGAAAAAAUUUUAACCAUUUUGCAAAAAAUGGUAACAUUUAUGACAUGAGUGUUCUUGGCUGCGUUUAUGUGCGUUCUGAUUGUAAGUUGCUAUUUAACAAUGAAAUGUUUCACCUACGCUGCAUGUAACAGUCUGUUAAAAUCAUGCUCAGUCAUUUGCUUUGCAUUGGCAGUUUGCUAGAGAUAUAGUGUUGAAAAAUUGGCAGAGAUGGUGGCUUUCUGCAGGCAUAUCUGUUGAGAUCUCUCCUCUGAAUCUGUCUUUAGUUAUUGGUGUAUGGCAGAGAUAAUUUAUUAGCUGGCAGGGUUUUCAGUUGCUUCUAAGAAGCGGAUGAGUCUUAUUUUCAUCCCACUGAUAAUAUUAGCUGUGUUGGGCAGUGUUGUUUCAGGUGGCUGGGUGAUGGCAGGAUGGAUGUGUGGUCUGAUGGAUGAAGAAUAGAUGGAUAGGUGGUGGAGUAACAGGCAGAUGGAUGGCAGUGGCGAGUUAAUGUAAGAUUUAAAAAUGCUUUAUUUUUUAUAAUAAAACAGGGUUUCUCAGAUCAACUUCAUCGCAGGAGUACAUUUUCAUUUCUUCUUCUUUCCUAUCAUCAUUAGCUGUACAAACAGCAGUGUGUGGACUUCAAAUUUGUGCACAUGUGUGCGGUUGUGUGUUUCGUAACUGUGUGAUCUGUAUGUCCUUUUUUUCCCCAAAACCCUUUUUAAAAGCAGAAUAAUUGAAGCUGUCAGCCACUCAGAACAUGAAACUUUCAUUGUCAGGUCAGACACAAAAAUGUAUCAGCCAAAGCCAAGUCAUUCUGUAGUUGCUUUGGUUUCUUUAGAAAGCAAUAGUGAGAACAUUUCAGGCACUUGCAUUGUGUAAAGGUGGAUGCAGUUUUUCCGCUCAGUUUUUUCUGCAAUAACCAUUUCUUCAAAUAUUAUUCACUCUCUAGAUUUACAAACAAAACAACACCUCUUUUCUUCCCUCCGAAAAAAAUACAAUCAUGCCAUAUUCCUAAAAAUACUUAGCGAACAGAAUUAGCAUCAGCUAGCACCAGCCCCCUUACCAUGAAAUACAUAAAAAAAUAACUUAGUACAUUAGUACAUUAAAAUCUCAAGAGAUUGCAGUUGCAACAUUAGUUGCCUAGUUUUUCAGGGAAGUGUCUUGUAUAUGCAGUAACUUAAAAUAACCCCCAAAACCUCCACGGUUCCAGCUGAUGAGAGGAGUGAUGAACUUUUUUUUGACAUGCAGCUGAAGUAACCAGCAGACAUUUUGACUUCACUCAAGUCUGCCUCAUUGCCACGACUCCCGUAGUGACCUCGUUAAUGAUAAUUCAGGUACCCAAUCAUAGCCAGCCAGCCUCGCUAGCAACUCCUCCUGAGGCCAAGCAAUCGAUUAACCCUCAACAACCGUGAGCUACCUUUCAGUGCGUCCUGGUCUGGACUUCCUGUUCCCUCAGAAAUUUACAAAACUUUUUAUAUUCGGUCUUAUUUUAAUUACUAGCUUGAGCUUUUUUCACACAUGCAACUUACUCAGAAAAAUUCCUGACUUUCCUGCCUGUUAGUCGGUGUAGGGCUGGGGGUUGGGCAAUACAAAGGGGCUAACAGGUAAAUUUCAGGGUGGAAAAUUAAGCUGUUUGCAUUCACACAUGUGUCUCACCCUGGUAAAUUCAGGAAAUUUUCUGGAGUUUUGUGCAGGUGUGAAUGGGGCUUUUAACAGGUGGUUUAAGUUGAAAUGCAUGCUUUGAUAGUAGACUGAAAAAAGCAAUCAGAAAUGUAGACAUGUUGGUAAUGCAGAGGAGGAAAUGACACAUUUUCAAGGGUUUUGGUCUAGUUACCGUUUUAUAAGAUUCUCCCACUUUGAGACGUAUCACAAUGUGCAAUACUUACAUUUUGUUUCCCCUGUCUUUUGCUGUGCCAAGUGUAUGUAGCAUAGUCCUACUCCAGUGUCUCCUCCCUUUUAAAGGCUUGUGUGUUUUCCGUGUGGUGAAGUGUGUGUGGCAUCUUUAAAACAAGAGUCAGGAAGCUUGCAAAAAGGAAAUGAAAACCAACGGAGCGAUUGCGUGACUUUUCCCCCUUAGUCCUUGCAGCCUUCGUCACUUUGAGAGAGUGUGUUGUGUCUCCUUGGUGUGCAUGUUUGCGUGCGUGGCCUGCGUGUGUACGGGUUGUUUCGUCCUCUAAACGUCUGUGAGAUCAUGAGCCUGACCCUCGACGGUUCAUGGUGAGACCCACAGAAAAAAAGAAACCUCAUUGCUAGUGGGGACCACUUUUUGUUAAAAAAAGAAAAAAAAGUAAAAAAAGUAAAAAAAAAAAAAA